UAACAUGUAAUGUUCUUAAGGUCAACUCUGUUUCCUCUCAAAAUAUUUUCUGGGUGGGGUUAGUUCUUUUUGUCUCAGUAUUGCGUUGCUCGAGCUACAGCUAUUCAGUCACAGACCACAGAGUUACAGAGAUAAAGUUGUGUCUUGUUUACAGCAUUUUCUGAUCAGUUGUUUUUCUCUGAGCACAUACAAUAUGCUUCAACAUUUCUUUGGACUUGUUUAUCUCUCGGCAGUUUCACAGCUUGUGAGUUUCGCAGGGACACAUGCUGCUGAAUGUCCUCUUCAGCUCAACCCACAGAGAGUUGUUGUGGAGUACGGCGGUUCUGUGUCAGUUAACUGUAGCACUUCUGUCACGCAUCAAGGGAUGGGAUGGGAAGCCAGUGAGGGAGCAAUGCCCAUGAGCAGAGACAAUCUGAUCACAUGGAGCGUGUCAAAUCUGAGAGAAUGGGACAUAGAGCCAUUCUGCUACAUAAACCAUAAGGAUCAGUGUCAAUUAGAGCUCCCAAUAACUAUUUACAAGACUCCAGACAGUGUGUCCAUCAGCACUGUGAAUCACAACGGACCAAUGAUGGAGGGAAACCAGUAUGAGCUUCAGUGUGACGUUCUCAAUGUGGCUCCUGUUCAGUAUCUCACUGUCAACUGGUACAAAGGACAGACUCUGGUGGAUCAAACCAACUUCACUGACACCACCAAGACUCCAGUGAAUGAAACAAACACACUCCUGAUCCGUCCAAAUAGAGCUGAUGAUGGAGUUCAGUACAGGUGUGAAGCAGAGCUGGAACUGGGAGAAGAAGGACCUCGACCUCCUCCUAAAAUCACAUCAGAUCCUCUCAGUGUUGAAGUUUACUAUAAACCACAACACUCCAGUUCAACAGAGACCGUCAGUAUAAGCAAUGAGGUCACACUAAACUGUACAGUGAAGGCAAACCCGGCUCCUACAUACACAUGGGACUCUGAACAUCUGAAAGAGAAGAUCACCUCCUCAGUGCUCCCGUCCUCCAAACUCAGUCCAGGAAAAUACACAUGUAUUGCCACAAACUCUCAGGGAAGAGACAGCAAAGUGUUUAUUGUCAGAUUUACAGGUAGUCGUCCCACAUUCUGGACUGUUCUCAUUUUCUUCCAGUUGCUUUUUGUAUUAAUGAUUGUCAUUUAGGAGAGAAAUAGUCAC